ACGACGACGACAUCGCUUGGUUUGGUUUCAGUUUUUUUGUUUAUUGAUUUUGAAUAUCUAAAUGAAAUAGGGGUUGAAAUAUCUACAGGAAAUCCAAGAUGUAAUUUAGACAUUAGUUUCAUUUAUAAUUUAUUUCCUUGUCAACUACAAAAUUGACGAAUCAUGGAGGGAAAAAAAAUAUCAUUUGGUUUUUUGAAAACGAAAAAAGUUGAGAAACCAGUGGUUGAAGAGAAAAGAGAAUUCAUAGAAUGCAUGGAAGAAAAAUCAAUAAAAGUCGUAGGCGGGGAAGAAGUAAAAGAAGCUGCGCCUUUAAUUAUACCUAUGAAACCUAAUACACUAGUUACAGCUGAUAGAUUGAAACAAAUCGCUAAUGAAGUGGAAAGUGCUUUGAUUGAAACUGACAAUACAGAUAAACCACCAGUCAUAGCAGCUGAGCAAAUCAAAACAGAAAAUGAGACAUUGGACCAAAUGGCGGUUAGAGAGCUACUGGAAGAUGCCAAAAAAGAAGUCAAAGUUGAAACCAAUGAUCUCACUGUUCCAGUUUCAAAAAAACCUGGCGUAGAAGUACAAAAAGAGUCAACCCUGGAAGAUUAUGAGGAUGUGCCAAUUCAAGAAUUUGGUUUGGCUAUGCUACGUGGCAUGGGGUGGACACCAAGCAAAGAGCAGUCCAAGUAUAAACAACCUCAACUGCGUCCAAAGGGGUUAGGCCUGGGUGCAGAUAAAGUGAUCACUGAUAAACAAAAGAAAAAAGCAGCUGUCAAUGAGAAAGGUGAAGAAUUGUCAAUUGUGAAGAACUCUUUUGUGAAGAUUACGACUGGAAAAUACAGUGGCUACUAUGGAAAGGUUGUUAGUCUUGAUGAAGAUAAUGGCCGUAUAAUGGUAGACAUCACAAUGAAAAAGGAAACUGUGAGCCUGAGUGAAUUUAUGAUGCAUCCUGUCACAAAGGCAGAGUUUGACAAAGAAUCAAAAGUCAUAAAUGCUGAUUCAUUUGAUGAAUACAAAAAAACUGAAAAGUUAUCUCAAAAAUCUUCCAAGAAUGACUUCAAGGCAAGUGAUGAAAAGCCAAGAUCUCAGGACAGGGUAGAACCUUCAUCAAGUGGCAAAGAUUCAAGGGCAGAUAGAAACAGAAGCAAUAAUUCUUCAAAGGCUGAACAUAGCAAUUCUUCUGGAGGCCAAAGGGAAAGAUCUAGGAGAGAAUCUUCAAGCAGUGAAGAGAAGGCUUAUAGAAGAAAAAAGAGUAAAAAGAGAUACAGCAGUAAUGACUCUCUGAGUUCUCUCUCUGAUUCAGAUAAGAAACAGAAGCAUAAGUCAAGUCGGCGGCGAUACAGCAGCAGUGACUCUGAUUCGGAUUCACCAAAGAGAGAGAAAAGAAAACGCACACCAGAGAAAAAGCGUGACAUUGAUAAGAAAAGAAAAGGCAAGAAAAAGAAGAGGGACAGAGAUCGGUCGCCUCAUCAUUACAAAAAACAUAGAAAAUAAGUGUCAAAUGUAAUAAACGUUUUAAUAGUAA